AUGGCCAAGAUAAACUGUUACAGUCAACUCAUUGUAAAAGACUUGAAUGAAGCCUACUUUUUGCCAUAUACUAUUUCUUCCUAUCACGAAGACGCCAAGUUCCAUAACGACAAGAAAUACUUGGUUUUUGACCGUCGAAGAGAAAUGAAAACCGUAGACACGUUACCACCCAAAAGACAUCUCGCAACAAUAGGUAAUGCAAUCGUAAGUUUGGUAGACAUAAAACCUGACAGUCUCCAAUUAGAUCACUGGAACAAGUGGCUGUCGGUUUUCGCAGCUGCAGAGGUGAAAUCCAUCGAAGAAGGUUUUGCGGACGAUAUUCCAGUUGUGAGCACCGGACCGUUGCAGUGUCUACCAGCAAAGAAGCAUGCCAUUGAUCCUGAACUGCAUGCAGAGUUGCUUUGCAAAAGCACAAUCCCGCUAAUUGGAGUUCCAACUCCUCGACUCAUGGAAGAGGGCAACAUUUCCUUCCCAUGCAUGCUCAAAGUGGAUCAAUCGAGCGCUGGAAACGGAAACUAUCUAGUUCACAAUUCACAAGAGCUAAAAGAAGUCGUGGCAGAGAUUAGGGACAAGUGCUUUUGGACGGGAAAGUACAUCUUGCAAGAGUACAUACCAGACGCUGUAACUAUGGGAUACUAUUUUUACGUGUUUAAGUCAGGAGAUAUUCAUUGGUUAGGCAGCUUGACCGGGACAAUUUCAAAGGAUUUCAAAUGGGUUGCAGGAAUGGGUGAUUGGCACAAGCAGGAGGAGUUAAAAAAAGCGGUUUACGAGGAAUUCAUUUUGCCGGUGAAAAACUUCCUCCAUACUUCUGGGUACUUUGGAAUAGUCAAUAUUGAGAUUCUGGAGAAGGAAGGAAGACGCUACAUGGUAGAUCUUAACUGCCGGCUCCCAUCGGUACUGCCGCAGUUGUUCAUAGCACCCUAUAUGGCAAAGCUUGGCUUGCCCAGGUCCUUGAUGUCGAAGGGCAAAAUUCUGCCAUGCACAAGAACAGAACUGUUUGCGAUGGCAGAAGAAAUCAAUAAAAAAGGUCCCGGAAAGGUUAUCGUACUGGCUGCAGCGGGCCUUGAUGGAGUUUUUAAAGCCGACCUCGGUUUUUUUGCUGAAACUAUGUCUGGCAUUGAAGCACUGAUUAACAUAUUGGAUCUCGACAAUAAGAGCAUCACAAGUUAA